AUAAUUUAGCUAACUUCUUGUCAACUAACUGUUUUAAAGUGUAAGAUAUUUCAUCAGUUACUUCAGAAAUUAUGAAAAUUUUUUCAAGGAUAAAGGUAGUUCAAUGCAAAAAUAAUUUUGUUAGUUUAUCUAAAACACUUAUUGGUUUAUUACAAUGUGAACAGAGUAUAGAAUGUACUAAGGUUGAUACGCCUUUAUUGAUUCAAGAUGAAAAGAAAGAAUUUAUAUCAACUUGGUCUGGAAAAUAUUUUGAUGAUGAUGGUGAUCCUGUAAUUGAAAUGGAUGGUUAUCUAUUAGCAUUAAUGGGUUGGAAUGAAAAUGAUAAGGUUACAGUUUCUUUAUAUGGAAAAAAGGUUUUUCCUGCAUCUCGUAUCUCUGUUUGCCCUCUUGAAAAAAAUGACUGGGAGAUAAUGGAGUUGAAUCAUGCGUAUAUUGAAACUGAAUUGUUAAAUCAAAUUUCUUUGGUCAAAUCAGGAAUGGUAUUCCUUGUUUAUCUAUCUACUCAAAAUUAUUUCCCUGUUAAAGUUGAGGUUACUGAUCCAUUAGAUUGCACAGUUUAUCUUCAAGAGAACACUGAAGUGCACUUGUUGUUUCAUGAUUUUAAUAUUCCACCUGUUAACACAAAACAUGUCUGCAAAACUGACUUAACUGAAUGUCAGCCAACAAAUUUAUCAGAUAAGUUAUUUAUUAACUAUUUUAUAAAUUUUUUUGGUCUUGAAAAAUAUUACAAAUUGAAAAAAUCUGAUUUAACUUAUUCAAAAUGUCUUAAGCCUUUCUCAUAUUGCAAUCAUGUUUCUGCAGAAGUUUGUCUUCAAGCUAUUGUAUCAUUACCCCUUGUAAUUGACUGUAAUUAUGUCAGAACAAAUGAGUCAUGUCUUGAGAAAAGUCAGUUUCCUUUAUAUACAGCUUUAGCAAGUGAGAGCAUUUUUUUCUUUAAAUCUUCAUGUAUAGUGAAAGAUAUAGAUUUUUUAAUUCAGUUAUCAUUGAAAGAAUCAAAUAGUUCAAAAGAACAAAUUAAAAUUGUUUUAAAAGUUAAGUUUCUGCCGAAGCAAAUAUGGAAUACCUUAUUUCAAAAUACAAACAAAAUUGUUUUGUUUGUUCAUCCUAUACUGUUGCAACAACUUCAGAUAGAAAGUGGAUCCUUUGUACAGAUUAAUUGUUAUCAUGACAGUAUAAUGCAUCCAAAAGGGUUUGUUUUACAUAUUACUCCUUUAGCAUCUGACAUUAAAGAAAAACUUAAAGACUGUUUUCUUACCUAUUUGACAGAGUCUGCUGCAUUUGAAUCCAUUGUAAUGAAUCAAGGUACACUUCUUAUUUUUAAUAUAGGUGAUUGCAUUCAAGUUGUUGUUGAAGUUAUUGGUAUUUUAAACAAUGUCUUCUGUUUAAUUCAUUGCAAUAGUUUUAACACACUGUUUAUUGCUGUUGAUGAUAAUGAAAAGGACUUUUCCUCCCAUAAUUAUGAUAAGAAAUUGCUUUCCAAUGAUGAAGUCUCUAAUGGGAUUAUGAAAGAGCUUCAAGCCUGUUUUAAUAUCAGUGAUAAUGAAUGUUCUAAGAAAGAUGAUUCAUUGUGCUCUACUAAUCAGGUUGUCUUACUUUAUGGAAAUGGAGAAUCAACUUCAACUGGAUGCGGAAAAUCAUAUCUUUUAAAUUUGAUUGCAAGCUCUUUUUUAAAAAUACCGUUUUGCUAUCGAACUGUUUUUGUAGAUAACAUUUCAUUACGUGGAAAGAAAGUUGAUUCCAUUCGUGAUUUUUGGGAAAAGGCUUAUAUUCGUGCAGUUCAAAGUCAACCAGCUUUACUAGUCUUUGAUGAUCUCAAUGAAAUAAUACCUACUGUUGACUUAGUGGAAGAAGGUAUUGCAGCAGAUUUACGAAUUCAGCGCUUAGCAGAAAUAUUUCAAGUCAUUAUAGAGAGAAUCGCUUUUGAACAAAAAAAAAUUUUUGUUAUUGCAACAUGUUCAUCUGUUAAUGACCUUCACAGAAAUUUGCUUCCAGAAACAAAUAACCACUUGUUUUCAAAAUAUAUAAAUAUUCAAGAGCAAAGUAGUUCAGAAUAUAGUUGUUUUAAAAGUGUUCUGCAAAACAUUGCCAAAACAAUGAACUGUGAAAUUCAUCUUGACUUUUCAGACCCCUAUAUUCUAAAUUUAAAACAAAAAUUAAAUGGUAGCAACCCUAAAGAUUAUUCUAUUCUUUGUAAACGCAUUAUUUACAAUAAGUUGUUAGAAAUUAAAAGUGACAAAAGAAAGUUUGUUCUAGAAUCUAAAGAUGUUGAAGUUUGUCUUGAAAAUUUCAAAUCAUGUUCUCUACAUACUGUUGAACUUCACAAACCUAAAAAAGUAUGCUGGUCAGAUAUUGGAGGUUUAGAUUUUGUUAAAAAAACUUUAAAAGAAACUUUGGUAUGGCCUGCUCUUUACCCUGAUCUGUUUAAAUCAUGCCCUAUUAAAUUGACUUCAGGUUUACUAUUGUAUGGUCCACCUGGAACUGCAAAAACAAUGUUAGCUAGUGCUGUGGCUUUUGAGUCUCAAUUAAAUUUUAUAAGUGUAAAAGGUCCAGAGCUUUUAAGUAAGUAUGUAGGUAGCAGUGAAAAUAAUGUCAGGGAUGUUUUUGCUAGAGCACGACGUGCUUGUCCAUGUAUUAUUUUCUUUGAUGAAAUUGAUUCAUUGGCUCCACGGAGGGGACAUGAUAAUACAGGUGUAACUGACCGAGUUGUAAAUCAGCUAUUAACCCAACUUGAUGGAAUUGAAAGUUUUAAAGGGGUUUAUGUUUUAGCUGCAACAUCCAGACCUGACCUUAUCGAUCCUGCUCUGUUACGGCCAGGUCGGUUUGACAAAAGUUUGCACUGUACACUACCAAAUUUAAAUGAGCGCGAGGAUAUUCUUCGUAUACAUUUGCAUCAUAUGAAGUUGCAUGGUAAUGUUGAUAUAAGUAAACUUGCUCGAAUGACUGAACAUUUUUCUGGUGCUGAUUUAAAAGCCCUUCUGUAUAAUGCUCAAGUUAGAAGUAUACACAGAUACAAUUUUCAUGAGAAUGAUGCAACUGUUGUUGAAGAUGACAUAAUAGAAGCCUUAAAAUCAAUGAAGCCUUCAGUUAAUUCUGAUGAACGUCAAAAGUUUCACAAUAUAUUUAUGGAAUACCAAUCUUCUCGAUGUGAUUACAGUUCAAAAAUAGAACAAAAAGUUACAUUGGCAUAAGCAGAAAAAGUAAACGUUUCAAAAGGGGCGACUAAUCUACUUAAACGUUUAAAAAAUUUGAUUAAGAACUUGUUUUUUACUGCUUUUCAAAGUGCACCAUUGUGGCAUGAGGAAGUUGCAAUUAAUUUUUAUUUAAAAUAUUCUAUUGAAUCUGAAAACAUUAAUUGAAUGUGUUACUCUUGAAGUGCACCACACUGUUGGUCAGUCACACUUGAACAUGCAAAACCAAGAUUAAACAAUCAAUUUUUUUUUUUUUUUUUUUUUUUUUUUUUUUUUUUUUUUUUUGCACAUUAAUUUAAUUUGAAGGUCAAUUUGAAGUCAUUAUAUUGACCUAAAAAAACUCAACUUUUUAAACAAACAAUUUUUUAAAUUAUAU